UGCAUUCGCCGGUACUGGAAUAUUUUGACUCUGUAGCAUCUUUAUUGGUAUUUGAUAGAAAUAGUUCUUCUCUGCCCUGAAUUGUAGUAUUGCAUGACAAAAAUUCUGAAGUAAAUGAUAGUUUUGACUAAGAAUCCAUUCAACACAUCAUGCAAUUGUUCAAGUCAUUGCAAUGAUUCACCUCAACCUUUUAAUAUCGACGAGUUUACCGUUUGGGGAGGUGAGGAACGAUCAAAAAAUUUCUUUAGCGACCGUUGUGUUUUCGAAAGUACGUGAGGAUACUUUGGUGAUGAUUUUUUCUCGAGGCAUGUAUGGGUUGCACAGCUAUGCUGCUGUACUGAUUAAAUUUGCUACUGACAUAACAUUUUCUAACGAGAUGGAAGCAUUUCCUCAGCUUUUACCUGCAAAUUUCACUUUUCUAUCACAGUACACAAAUUUAUCGUUGUCAUGUACAUUUCAGAAACAAUCCAUCAACACCACUCAAUUGAAGAGGGAGGGAAUACAUUUGCCUAAUCGAUAAGGAAGAACACGACAUUGAUGCAUUGAAGAGAUUCAGAACAAGCAGACUCGACUGAUAGACUUUGAAUCACUACGAUCUCGAACAAUACUCGUCGAAUCUCCCGCGAAGCGGUUAAAAACCAUAACGAGACAUAUCUAUCUUCUCUCGCAUCUUCUCAAAAGAAGGAUGAACCCACCGAUGGCAGAGAAGAAUCACAGGGUCUCCGAUUCAUCAUUACUCUUGGAAGAAAAAUCGAUGAAUUCGAUGAGAAUUGAAAGCAACGUUUUCAGAAUGCAAUCAAGCAUAGCUGAUCUUUCCAUCGAUCUAUCUAUGACGAAUAGUGGCAGUGGCAUGAGAUGCGGAAUCAACGAUCCCUCGAAGGUCUCACUUGAGAUUCACAAACAAACAAGGUCCGAUCCAAACGAUCCCUAUGACAGCCCUCAAGAUUAUUGCUUUCCCAGGGGUCUUCCUUUUCCAAACCAAUCGACUGAGGAAAGAAGGUCAGACACCGCCGAAUAUCAGCAUUGCCAUGGGCUGCACCAACAAGAUGUUCACACAUUCCCUCACGCUCCAAAUCUGCAUGCGCCAUCGCCUACCUUUUGUCAGAGACCGAUGAUAGGGCCUCAACUCACAAGCCAACAAACAACAGGUUGCACGGCUCAAUCUUCCUUCAUAUUUGCUUCUUCUCGCAUAAAUUUUGCGGCUUCACCGAUUGUAAAGAGCAUCCGUCAAGACGUUCGGUCGAUGACAGAGGGCACGAGACUCGUACCCGUCCAUGAAGGUCAACCCAACGAUCGAAGCAUUCGAUUCUUGAACACCACCGAAGACACACUCCAAACCCGUGUCAUUUUGGGCACAGGUUCGUUUACGCAGGUAACAUCGGUGACGAUCAAUCCUAGACGCAACAACGACUCCUUUCGUCAGGGCUCCCAAACCAACCAUGAGUACAGAUAUUAUGCGUGCAAGGCACUUAAGCAAGAGCUCAUUUCGACAGGUGGAGAUGAAUUUCGCCAUGCAGCGUCCCAACUCGCUUACGAAGCGCACGUGUUGAGUUGCCUAGAUCAUCCCAAUAUUAUCAAGAUUCGUGGGCUCGACGACAAGGGGGUCCUGGGUUUCGAACGCACCGACCGGGGUUUCUUUUUGCUGAUGGAUGUCCUUUGCGAAACACUCGACCAGCGCAUCGAUCGAUGGGGCAAAUCGAGCACGACCUACGCUAUGAAUAUGACAGGAAGCAACUUCCACGGUAACCAUUACGGAAAAGGAAACAACAAUGUUUCGGCUCUCCUUCGACGUCACCUGGACAAGGUUGUGAUUUGUCUCGAACUCGCAUCGGCACUCGAAUACAUCCAUGCCAACCACAUUAUACACCGAGACCUCAAACCAGCCAACAUUGGAUUCUCUUCGACCCCGUGUCCAAAUCAUCCCGAGGGAGAGGAAAUUUAUACCAGGCUCCAACUGUUCGACUUUGGCUUGUGCCACGAAUUCACGCCAUCGUCCAGAACUUCCAACACUCUCACCAAGAUGGUUGGUACCAUGAGAUACAUGGCGCCGGAGGUAUGUCUCGAAAUGACCUACGACUACAGCUGCGACAUUUAUUCGUAUGCCGUAGUUUGUUGGGAACUUUGGACGCAUCGAACUCCCUUCGAGGCCAUGACGUCGGAUCUAUACAGGGAACUCGUGUGCCGGCGCGGGUUUCGUCCAUACCCGGAUCAAUCAAAAGAAGAGUAUGAUUCGCUUCGUUUUGGUUGGAGUGAUCCUCGUACGAAGCGGGAGUCGUCGAUGCGAGAAACUUUGAACAACAAAAAUCUUCCAAUCCCGAGAGAAAUCUCGGUGUUGUUGUCACAAGCGUGGACCCCCGAUCCACAAUCAAGGAUAUCUUGUUCGAGGAUACAGAAUCAAUUGAAGCUAUAUAAAACGCUAGUAGAGUUACAACUAGAAGCACAAGAUCUCUCCGAAUCUGCAAACAACACUGAUUUCGACGAAGGCAACAACGAUCACGACAACCACGACGUCCACGAGUAUUGUAAGAAUUACGAUGAAGAAGAUGCGCAGCAAGCUUUCCAGACUUUCGUCACUGACAACGUCAAUUACAUUAGUGAUCGCGCAAGUUGGAAAUGUUGCGACUAAAUAACUAUCACUAGUUCCAAUUUUCUUCUUCUUGCCAUCGUUUUUUUUGGAUUCACGAUUUAAUUUAACAGUGAACUUGAAGUGGACGAGUUUUUCUUUUUUUUUCAUGGUAGGCAGCAGAGGCAAGUAGCAUGCCAUUUUCAUUUCUUAAAAAUCAUUCAACAAGAGUCUGCCUAGCUAUUCUUUUUGGCGCAAUUCUGCCAGCGCGUCCCGCAACAAGCCCGGAGUCACCAUCACCCCCCUGCAGCACGGGCAACAAGUUGCUCCCGUACYMAACCAMYCARCAAUGCAAUCCAGGUGAAACAGGUGCUGUUCGCAUGAUUUGGAAUAGUAGACAUCUUCCCCCACCUGGAUCUCUUCUAUGCAGAUGGGACAGCACAGACCAGAGGAAGUGUUGCUUAUCUCUUGAUUUUUGCUAGACAGUUUUCUCAAGGCAGUUAUGAAACUGCCACUGUGUUUGCGUUGGCUGGGUGGCGCAGGCAGGCUGGUGAUACGACUGUCACUGUCACUGUGUUUGUGUUUGCGUUGGCUGGGUGGCGCAGGCAGGCUGGUGAAGCGACUGUCACUGUCAUUGGGUUGGCGUUGACUGGAUGGUGCUGGCGGGUAGUUUUCUUCGCGUUCAACCAGAUAAGCCACUGUGGUGUACAUGCUUCUCUCAGAAUUGUAGUUUUUCUUCCUCCAAAUCCCAAUGUCUUCUUUGGUUGCUUUCUUGCACUCUAGUACUGAUGAGAACAGGUUUUUCUUUUCUGUCAGUGUCAGGCUUUCCAGCAAUAUUUUUGUGUUCUCUCCACUAAGUUCUGCAGCUUCAAUGUCACCAAGAUUGUUGUGACGAUUGUCAUUGUUAGGAAUGACCGUGGAUGGAUCUGGCGAUGGAUCUGUCGUUACCCCCAACCCCAACCCUAUCAGGAAAUCAUCACAAGAAGACUGGCAAUAUUUGCAAAAACAAGUAAGAAUUGUGAGGCCUAUGAUAGCCAAAAUGCCUAGAGCCUCUUGUAUUUCUUCUCUAUACGACAUGUUUUUACGAUUGCCGAUGAAGUAUAUCGCAAGAAGUUACUGCGCAUCGAGUGCAAGUACGAUUGAUUGCAGUUUCCGGAGAUGCCGCUUGCUGUGGAGGAAACUUGUGUUGUAUUAUACUGUACGGAAAUUCGGUUGUUGGAAGCUCGGGGGUUUUGUUGAUUCGAUUGUCAAAUGUCGUAUGCCUGUGAGCCUAAUACACGUAGAACACUUAA